CUUCAACAAUUUCCACUACCUACUAGAUACCUAAUCCUUCAUACUAAAGAAAACAUAGACUUAUAACAAAAAUAUUAUUAUUUACUUCGUAUAUUUUUGUGUUUCAAAUUAAUGGAGGGAGAUCAUAAAUUAGUUUCAAAUUCAACAAAUGGAAAUGGAAAUGGAAAUGGAAAUUCAGAUCAAAUAAAGUAUAGAGGAAUUCGUAGAAGACCAUGGGGAAAAUUUGCAGCAGAAAUUCGUGACCCAACAAGGAAAGGGACAAGAAUAUGGCUUGGAACAUUUGAUACUGCUGAACAAGCUGCAAGAGCUUAUGAUGCUGCUGCUUUUCAUUUUCGUGGUCAUAGAGCUAUUCUCAAUUUCCCUAAUGAAUAUCAAGCUCCUAAUUCAUCUUCUUCAUUACCUAUGCCUCUUACUAUGCCUCCACCACCUUCUUCUAAUCCACCUCCUUCUUCUUCUUCUUCUUCCUCUUUUUCUUCUUACACCGUUGAUGAUGGUUUUGAUGAGCUUGAAUUCUUGGAUAAUAAGUUGCUUCAAGAACUUCUUCAAGAUGGAACACAAUAGUUAACUAUUGAAGAUCAAGUGGCAUGAAAUGUAUUGUUGUUCAUUUAAUUUUCUCUUCAUUAAUUUAUUUUGUUUUGUUUAUGUAUCUCAUUUUUAUGAUUAAAUGAGAAUGGGGUAUUAGAGACAUUAUUAAUAAUUGUAAGAAUUUUAUUGAGAGAUCAAUAAGAGAGAUGGAUAUGAAUAUGAUAUUUAUUAAAUGGGCUUCCUUUUGCUUGGCA